AUGUCCAAUCUCAUAACAUUGGCAACUUGUAACUUAAAUCAAUGGGCUCUUGAUUUUGAAGGUAACAGAGAUCGUAUCCUGGAGUCCAUUAAGAUAGCUAAGGAAAAGGGCGCUAGGUUAAGGGUGGGACCUGAACUGGAAAUCACUGGUUAUGGUUGUUUAGAUCAUUUCUUGGAGAAUGAUGUGAAUCUUCACUCAUGGGAAAUGUAUGCUCAAAUCAUCAGGAAACCUGAGACCCAUGGUAUUUUACUGGAUAUUGGUAUGCCCGUUAUGCACAAGAAUGUAAGAUACAAUUGUCGACUUCUAUCUCUAGAUGGUCAAAUACUGUUUAUUAGACCCAAAAUUUGGCUUGCAAAUGAUGGAAAUUAUAGAGAGAUGAGAUUUUUCACACCAUGGAUGAAGACUGGUGUUGUAGAGGAAUUCUUUCUACCGCCAGUGAUUCAAAAAGUCACUGAACAACAAUCAGUCCCAUUUGGUGAUGCAGUAAUCCAUACUUUGGAUACUUGUAUUGGUACUGAAACCUGUGAAGAGUUGUUUACACCACAAUCUCCUCACAUUGCCAUGUCAUUGGAUGGUGUAGAAAUUAUUACAAAUUCUUCAGGAUCCCAUCACGAAUUGCGUAAAUUGAACAAAAGAUUGGAUCUGAUUGCUAGUGCUACUAGUCGCUGUGGUGGUGUAUAUCUGUAUGCCAACCAACGUGGAUGCGAUGGUGACAGGUUGUACUACGACGGAUGUGCACUUAUCGCAGUAAAUGGAAAAGUAGUAGCUCAAGGAUCUCAAUUCUCAUUGAAAGAUGUGGAAGUGGUAACGGCAACAGUUGAUUUAGAAGAAGUUAGAUCUUACCGUGCUUCCGUAAUGUCCCGUGGGCUACAAGCUUCUUUGACAGAAACAAAAUUCAAGAGGAUUCAUGUCCCUGUGGAAUUAGCACCUUUGGCACUAAGAUUUGAUAUGAAGAUUGCUCCAACCAAGACUCGUGAACCUUUCUACCACAUUCCUGAAGAAGAGAUUGCACUUGGUCCCGCUUGUUGGUUAUGGGACUACGUAAGGAGAUGCAAUGGAUCUGGAUUCUUUUUGGCUCUCUCUGGUGGUAUCGAUUCGUGUGCCACAGCUACCAUAACUUAUUCUAUGUGCAGGAUUGUAUUCCAAGAAAUCCAAGAGGGAAAUGAACAAGUUUUGAAAGACGCUCGUAAAGUGGCUCGUGCCGCCGAAGAUUGGAUCCCUUCCUCUCCAGAAGAAAUAUGCAACAAAAUAUUACAUACUUCCUUCAUGGGGACUGAAAAUUCUUCGAAGGAGACACAAUCAAGAAGUGCUGAAUUGUCUAAGAGGAUUGGUUCUUACCAUGUGGAUUUGAAAAUGGAUAAAAUCGUAUCCAGUGUAGUGUCGAUCUUCGAAGUAGCUACAGGUAAGAAACCCAUCUUUAAGAUUUUCGGUGGUUCACAAAUUGAAAAUCUGGCAUUGCAGAACAUCCAAGCUCGUUUGAGAAUGGUUUUAGCAUAUUUAUUUGCCCAAUUAUUACCAUGGGUUCGUGGAACCCCCAACACAGGUGGUCUACUAGUGCUUGGUAGUGCAAAUGUCGAUGAAUGUUUAAGAGGUUAUUUAACCAAAUACGACUGUUCCUCAGCUGAUAUAAAUCCAAUCGGUGGUAUUUCAAAGACUGACUUAAAGAGAUUCAUUGCAUAUGCAACCAAAAAUUUUGAUAUGCCAAUAUUGGAAGACUUUUUGAACGCUACACCAACCGCUGAAUUGGAACCUAUUACAAAGGAUUACGUUCAAUCAGAUGAAAUCGAUAUGGGUAUGACUUAUGAAGAACUAAGCAAAUUUGGUUACUUGCGUAAAGUAGAAAAAUGUGGGCCUUAUUCAAUGUUCUUAAAAUUACUUCACGAAUGGACUCCUAAGCUAUCACCUACUCAAGUCGCAGAGAAGGUAAAGAAGUUUUUCUUCUUUUAUGCCAUCAACAGACACAAGCAGACAGUUUUAACACCCAGCUAUCAUGCUGAGCAAUAUUCUCCUGAUGAUAACAGGUUUGAUCUAAGACCAUUUUUGAUAAACCCAAGAUUCCCAUGGGCAUCUAGAAAGAUUGAUGAAGUAGUUGCCCAAUGUGAGGGCAGGAACACCGGUGAUUUAAACAUUAUGUCUAUUGACUAG